AUGCAACGGGGAAAAGUCACCCAACCGCGAUCAGUUUAUAGUUCUGGAUCAACAUUUGCACCAGAGGAUAUCAAAAAACGAAUCGUAUUGGAGCAACGUGCGAAACAGAAGACAAAAAUACGAGUAAAAGGGAAAGCAAACGCUGUUCGGCGAGGCCGAAAGACGAAUUUCGAUGUGAUCAAAGAGUACGCUGGUUGGGAUUUUUGA